UUUGAUUACACUGCCAGUGCUAGUGGCGUGCGUAUUUGAUUUACAAAGUCGCUAUAUAUAAUUUAAGUUUUAGUGCUGUGAUUAUUAUUGUAUAUCUUUUAUAUUUUUAUACGAAUUUAGUGUGUAAGUGAAACAAGUGCGAGUUUAUUCUUUUCGCAUCGGAACAAUUUCGCAGGAUUGUGGUAGAUGUUGUGAUCUUAGGUUUUGUGGAUUAUUCAUUAGUGACAAUGGCAGACAAUACCAAAUUAACUGAUGAGGAGAGGGCUGACAUCCGCGAGCAGUUUACUCAGCUGGACACGAGCGGCAAUGGUUACAUCGACCUGAAGGAGCUUAAAGACGCGCUGGAUAGCGUCGGUUACAAAAUACCACAAUGGAAGGUUCGGUGUAUGAUAGAGGAGUACUACGACAACGGGCCGAAGCAGCACGGGCGCGGCGUCAACGGCAGUAUGAACGGCGACGCGCGCAAAAACGGCAUGUCUCUCUCGGAAUUCGAGGAGCUCUGUGCCAACCUCAAGGCCCAGCAGGUGUCCAGCACAUUCAAACAGGCUGUCAGUAAAAAGGAAAACCUGGAACACCUUGGUGGCAUGAGCGAAGCGUCUAGCGAUGGCACAACACACUCUGUUCGCCUGGAGGAGCAGAUGGCUUUCUCGGGCUGGAUCAACAGUAACCUGGAGAACGACCCCGACUUGAAGCACCUGCUGCCGAUCGACGCCGAGGGCAAGCAGCUCUAUGAAAAGCUGAAGGACGGUCUCAUCCUUUGUAAAGUGAUAAACCACUCAUGCCCCGACACGAUAGACGAGCGCGCCAUCAACAAGAAGAACCUCACUCUCUACACCAAACACGAGAACCUCACUCUCGCUCUAGUUUCCUCGCAGGCCAUCGGCUGCAACAUCGUCAACAUCGAUGCUCAUGACUUGGCCAAAGGCAAACCCCACUUGGUGCUGGGUCUGUUGUGGCAGAUCAUCCGUAUUGGUCUGUUCAACCAGAUCACCUUGGAGCACUGUCCUGGCCUUACCGAACUGCUUAACGAUGAGGAGCGCAUCGAGGACCUCAUGGCGCUGUCUCCGGAAGCCAUCUUGCUGCGCUGGGUGAACCACCAGCUUCAGUCGGCCGGCAUCACGCGCCGCUGCACCAACUUCCAGCAGGACGUCGCCGACUCCGAGAUCUACUCCUACCUGCUGAAGCAGAUCGCGCCGCAGGACGCCAACGUCACCCUGGACGCCCUCAGGGAACAAGACCUCCUCCGCCGCGCCGAGCUGAUGCUGCAGCAGGCCGCCAAGCUCCGCUGCCGCGCCUUCGUGUCGCCCGCCGACGUGGUGGGCGGCGUCUACAAGCUCAACCUGGCCUUCGUGGCCAACCUGUUCAACCAGCACCCCUGCCUGCAGCGCCAGAGCGAGGACGACGCCCAGCUGCACCAGCUGGAUGAGACUAGGGAGGAGAAGACGUAUCGCAACUGGAUGAACUCGAUGGGUGUGGCGCCGCACGUGAACUGGCUGUACGCCGACCUGACGGACGGACUCGUCAUCUUCCAGCUGUACGACAUCAUCCGCCCCGGCAUCGUCAACUGGAAGAAGGUGCAUCGUCAGUUCUCUAAGCUGCGCAAGUUCAUGGAGCGGCUGGAGAACUGCAACUACGCCGUGGAGCUCGGCCGCCAGCUCGGCUUCUCGCUCGUCGGCAUCGCCGGCGCCGACAUCAACGAGGGCAACGCCACGCUCACGCUCGCUCUGAUUUGGCAACUAAUGCGCGCCUACACCCUGUCGGUGCUGACGCGGCUGGCCAACACGGGCAACCCCAUCAUCGAGAAGGAGAUCGUGCAGUGGGUCAACAACAAACUGGCAUCCGCCGGCAAGAAUUCAUCCAUCAAGAGCUUCCAGGAUGAGGUGCUCGCGGACGGCAAGGUGGUGAUCGAUCUGAUCGACGCCAUCAAGCCUGGAGCUAUCAACUACGAUCUGGUGCUACCUGGUGGCAAGGAAGAGGAGAACCUUGCGAACGCGAAGUACGCCGUGUCCAUGGCGCGCCGUUGUGGGGCCCGCGUGUACGCGCUGCCCGAGGACAUCACGGAGCGCAAGCCCAAGAUGAUCAUGACCGUGUUCGCCUGCCUCAUGGCGCUCGACUACAUACCCACCAUGGACGCGCCUGUACACGCGUCGCAACCGGCGGCGUUCCUCGACGACUCCCUAGAGGUCGAGAUAAUCGAGGAGAGUUUCGACGAAGCACCCGAGUCCUACAUCGACCAAAACCUGGUGGACGAGGCCGAACCCGAGUCCUACAUCGACCAGAACCUGGUAGAGUUAGGCGAGUUUGAGGACUCUGGCCUGGGCUCGCCAAUGGACAAACCUCCACUGCCGCCCAAGCCUUUGAUGAAUAGAUCCGCGUCUGUCAAUUCUACUACGUAUAAUUUUGCUAAAGACUAGCAGAAUUUUAACAAUUCCAUACACAAAUUCGUACUAGUAAGAUUACGAAGAAUUUCCAUUCCUUUAUGAAUGAUGCAUUUUUUACUAGUUAUAUAUAUCUAACGGGUAGUUAAACUUAGGUACUUUUAUCAGUUGUAUCUAGUAAGUAAUGUUGCGUUGCGAAAUGCAAUUGGAACACCGAACAACGACUACUACUAAGAAUUAGGGAAAACCUCACUACAUCCCCUUUGAGAAUUCGUGGUAGUAAAAGUGGGAAUAAGCUGUUCAAUUUGCAGAUACAUUUAUGAGAUGUUUAAUUGUUUUAGUAUAUUAUUUAUUUUAUUUGCUAGCACUAUUGUAGUCUCCUAUAGGAGUAAAGCAAAGAGGAUAAAGAAGAUAUUAUAGAGCGGUACUGUCAUAGUAAAUUUUGUAACCACAGUAAAUUCACUGCCAUCUAUCGACACACUUUAAAACUAAAAAUGAAGAUUUAUAAAAAUACGAUAAAAUCUAUUUAAACAUGGAUAAAUGAUUUUUUUAAUUUGCAUUAAUUAUUUUUAUUAUUUUGACCCAUGUUCUUUCACUGAUAUGCGUUAAAAUGGUUAAAUAUCAAACGAAACCGUCAACGCCCUCUAUACGAGAGUAGGCCAAAGGUAGUAGCGACAUCUGAUCGAGAAUCAAAUUUUCGAGGCACGUUUUUUUCUUAGACUGUCCAUCUAUCUAUUACGGAGUUAUAUCUAUCUUUGGAGUAAAGGGAUCAAGGGAUGUCGUAGGUACGUAAUGGGAAUCGAAUUUAUAUAAUUUUGUUUUUAUUUUAUUUAUGCAGAAAUUUUAUUCUUAGUUAAUAAGCAAAGUUUUAAUAUACGAUUUUUCACUUUUA